CUUUGGGUAGGAAAGGGUUAAGUACUCCUGGACCUCCCAGGCUCCUGUCCAUCUCCUCUCCUGAACUUUGCCCUCCCCUCCUCCUGGACACAGCACCCAGCGCUGCCUGCAAUGGCUCACCUCAGCCCCUCACAGCUAGAGAAGUUCCAGAAAGAUGGGUUCCUGGUACUCGAAGACUUCCUGUCUGCAGAAGAAUGUAUGGCUCUGCGGCAGCAGAUAAGCCAGAUAGUGGCCCAGAUGGACGUCCCUCUCCACUGCCGCACAGAAUUUUCCACUCAAGAAGAGGAGCAGCUUCGAGUCCAGGGUGACAAGGACUACUUCCUAAGUAGCGGAGACAAGAUUCGAUUCUUCUUUGAGAAAUGUGUCUUUGAUGAGAAAGGGAAAUUCCUGGUUCCUCCGGAGAAAGCCAUCAACAAAAUCGGCCAUGCUCUGCAUGCCCACGACCCAGUCUUCAAGAGCAUCACACACUCCCCCAAGGUGCAGGCUGUGGCCAGAAGUCUGGGCCUCCAGAAGCCGGUGGUGGUGCAGAGCAUGUACAUCUUUAAGCAGCCUCACCUGGGCGGUGAAGUCACCCCCCACCAGGACGCCUCCUUCCUGUACACGGAACCUCUGGGCCGGGUGCUGGGCCUGUGGCUGGCGCUGGAGGACGCCACCCUGGACAACGGCUGCCUUUGGUUCAUCCCGGGUUCACACACUGGUGGCGUGUCUAGGAGGAUGGUGCGGGGUCCCACAGGUACCAAGUUCCUUGGGUCAGAGCCAGAAUGGGACGAAAGUUUGUUUGUACCCAUGCCAGUGUGCAAAGGGGCUCUGGUCUUAAUCCAUGGCGAGGUGGUGCAUAAGAGUGAGCAAAACUUCUCUGAGCGCUCGCGCCAGGCCUACACCGUCCACCUCAUGGAGGCCUCAGGCACCCUCUGGAGCGCCAAGAACUGGCUGCAGCCAACAGCUGAGCUGCCCUUCCCCCCACUGUACACCUAAGGGCCCUUGAAGCUGGGGCCUGCCCCCUCCUGAGCAAAGC